UUCUCUGUCUUUCUUAUUCUCUGUGUAUAUAUCUCUCUGUUUUUCUCUGUCUCUGUCUCUCUGUGUCUGUCUUUCUCUUUAUCUCUGUCUCUUUCUCUUUCUCCUUCUCUCUCUUAUCCUCUAUUACAUGUCUCCUUGUCUAUUUUUUAUUUCUAUUUCUUUUUCUGCCUUUAUGGCUUUCUCUUUCUCUCUCCUUUGUCAGUCUCUAUCCAUUUCUAUAUUUUCCUUUCUAUCUCUCUGUCUUUUAGUCUCUGUCUUCCUGCUUUCUGGUUCUGUCUUCCUCCUCUUUAUCUCUUUCCCUCCCUCUCUAUCUCUCUCUGUUUCUUUCUGUCUCUGUCUUUGCCUUUUUCUAUGUCUGCCUUUCCAUCUCCCUGUUUUUUGUCUGUCUCUGUCUCUUUCUCUUUAUCUCUCUGUCUCUGUGUGUGUGUCUCUCUGUUUCUCUCUUGUCUCUGUCUCUCAGUCUCUCUGUGUCUCUGUAUCUCUGUGUCUGUCUGUCUGUCUGUCAUUCUCUUUAUGUCUCUGUCUCUCUUUCUCUGCCUUUCUCCUUAUCUCUCUAGCAUCUCAGCUCCGGGUCUCUCUCUGUCCCCAGACAACAUCUCCAGCCCCUCGGAGACAGUCACGCUGAUGACUCAAGUGUCCAACACGUCGGUGACGUCACUCUUCACCCUGCUUCCGGGGCCCUACCUCCUGCUUGGGAUCCCCAUCGGGCUGGUGCUCGUGCUGGCCCUGCUCUACGGGCUGCUGGUGUGUGUGCUGCAGAGGCGGCCGGAGGGGGCCCCGGCGGACACGGAGGCCGGCCCCGGCACGGAGCUAGCCCAGGGGGUCAACCUCCCCCCUCACCAGGAACCCAAAGCCUUGCAGAUUGACGACAGUAACGGGAGCGAAGACCAUGACCAGCACCCCCUGCAGGAGUGUGACGGCGCUCCCGAGCCCCCCUCAGUGCCCCGCCCCAGCUUCCCGGUGCCGGCCACGGAGCUGGGGGCCAUGGUGCUCGUCACCACCAAGACCAUCACCUCGGAGCUGUAGCCGAAGGACCUGGCUGUGAAAGGGCCGCUCCCCCUGCUGCACUGGGACCCCUUCCCCGGGAGCUCGCGGGCCUCCUGCCUCCAGGUUCUGCCCGCAGAGAUGGCAGAGAAGCGACGGAAGUCACAAGAGCCGGGCUCAAAUCUUGCUAUUCCAUAGUUACGGGACUUCGGGCCAGCCCUUCUCACCUCCUGGGUCAAACGGAGGGGGUGGGGGGGACACACGUGUAAAGUUCCCAUCGGCGCCAAGGGAGGAUCCCUCUCCCCACAAUCCUCCCCGAGCCCUGGCCUUGGGCCGAAGCUGCUUCCAAGGAGGGCGGGGGGCUCUCUGGGCCUCCUCCAAGCCAAAGGCUGUGGCCGGGGCACCCUCCGGCUCCGGCCUUUCCCUCCACUUGGCCGUUCCUCCGUGUUCCAUCUCUGCUGCUCACGCCGGCCUCCGUCCCGGGCGAGGCGGGCUCAGCACCAAGGGAGUGGGUUUCUGAACCAGGGAUCCUGAGUCUGAAUCCUGGCUCUGGUUUCCCGGGUGAUCCCUCACUGCCUCGGGUUCCUCCUCUCUCAGAUCUAUGACCUUUGCUCCGUCUGGUCUGUUCUCUACUUGUUCCAUAUAACAGGGAGUCCGAGUCCCACGGAGGCUGGGCACUCCCCAUGCGACCUUUGGAAAGCCCCCUUCCCCAUGACUGUGGCCGUCCCCAAAGGACCUUCCCAGUCAAAAUCCGGCGAGACCCAGAAGCCUCCCCUCCGGUCAUUUCCUGAGGCAAGUGGGCCCCGGGCAGCCCAGGCCAAAGCAGCCUCAGAAGCAGGUGCGGUCACCUCGGACUUGGAAGGAAGCUUCAGAGGAGUCCAGCUGGGCUCCCCCGUGGCUCCCAGUGUUCUCGGGAGAAAAAAGCCGCCCUUCCCGAGCAGCUGAGCCAGCGAGAACUGGCGACAAGGUAAUGAGCUGUCUGAGCUUGGCUUCCAAGCCGAGGGAGGUAGACAAGAAAAGUGGGUCAGGUACCAACAAAACCCCUAAUUUUGCUCGGAAGCCAAGGAGUCACGAUCCUGCAGCCUGACACAGACCCCCCACAGAAGCCUGCCUUCAGACGGCUAUUGUGCUGAGCAUCGCGUGCCCCCUUCUCCAAAUGGGGGGAGUCUCUCUCUCUCUCUCUCUGUCUGUCUCUCU